CGUUAUAAACAUCUACAUGUGUAAUAAGAAUUUAGAGAGAGAAAUAGAUAGAGAGAGAGAGAUUGUACAAUUUUGACCUUUCACUCUCUGUGGAUCUAGGGUUUCACAAACACACAGUUGAUCCACCGCAUCGUCGUCGCCGCCGCCGUAUUAUCAGAAAAAAAAAUCUAAACCCUACUUUUAAUCUUCUCUUAAUCAUCAUCAUCUUCUAUAACAAAACCCUAAAAAUUUCGUUUUUUUUGAGUGUUGUUUGGGUAAAUCUGUGUUAAUCUGAAUGAAAAUUUGUUAAACGACGACGUUUCAUUGGUUGAUUUGAUAAAAUUUGAUUAGAUCUGAUAAGAUCUGACUUUUUCUUAAGCAUAAUUUCAAGGAUCGAUGAGAAACUGAAAGGGAAAAAAAAUAGAAAUUGAUUUUUAUUCUUAAUUUUUUUUAUUAUUAGCGAGUAAAAAGGGGGCAAAAAAAUGUAUAAAUCGGUGGUGAUCUUGUAUGAAGGAGAAAGAAUGGUGGGAGAAGUGGAAUUGUACGGUGAAAACGGUGCCGUAUGGGGUGAGAAGGUAAUAAAGAUAAGUCACUAUUCGGCACCAAGUGAGAGAUGUCCACCACUGGCAGUGCUACAUACAGUUACUAGUGGAAUAAGCUUCAAAUUGGAACCUACAAAAUCAAAGUCGCUGAACCAAGACUCGCCGCUCAUUCUUUUGCACUCAACAUGUCUCAGAGAUAACAAGACUGCAGUGAUGUCACUUGGAAGAGAAGAGCUUCAUUUAGUCGCCAUGCAGUCUAAGAAUUUUGGAGGACAGUGUCCUUGCUUUUGGGGAUUUAAGGUUGCGCCAGGACUUUAUGAUUAUUGUCUAACAAUGCUAAACCUCAGGUGUCUUGGCAUUGUGUUUGAUCUUGAUGAGACACUCAUAGUUGCCAACACAAUGCGUUCAUUUGAGGAUAGAAUAGAGGCCUUGCAGCGGAAAAUAAAUUCAGAGUCAGAUCCGCAGCGUGCCUCUGCUAUGAUGGCUGAGGUCAAGCGUUAUCAGGAGGAUAAAAUUAUUUUAAAGCAAUAUGCCGAAAGUGAUCAGAUUGUUGACAAUGGAAAGGUGAUCAAAUCUCAGUCUGAGGUUGUCCUGGCGUUGUCUGAUAAUCACCAAACUAUUGUCAGACCCCUGAUUAGGUUGCAAGAUAGAAACAUUAUUCUUACUCGUAUUAAUCCAACGAUCCGUGAUACUAGUGUUCUCGUGAGAUUGAGACCUGCCUGGGAGGAACUCCGAAGCUAUCUGACUGCAAAGGGUAGGAAGCGCUUUGAAGUUUAUGUAUGCACAAUGGCUGAAAGAGAUUAUGCUUUAGAAAUGUGGCGGCUUCUUGAUCCGGAUUCAAACUUGAUUAGCUCAAAUGAACUCUUGGAUCGUAUUGUCUGUGUCAAGUCUGGCUCGAGGAAAUCUUUGUUCAAUGUAUUCCAAGAUGGAAAUUGUCAUCCUAAGAUGGCAUUGGUGAUUGAUGAUCGCUUGAAAGUGUGGGAUGAGAAGGAUCAACCAAGAGUGCAUGUUGUUCCUGCAUUUGCUCCAUAUUUUGCCCCUCAAGCUGAAGGCAACAAUUCUGUUCCUGUCCUAUGUGUUGCCAGAAAUGUAGCCUGCAAUGUCAGGGGUGGUUAUUUCAAAGAUUUUGAUGAAGGCCUAUUACAGCGUAUAUCUGAAGUUGUGUAUGAAGAUGAUAUUAAGCAAGUUCCUUCUGCUCCUGAUGUUAGCAACUAUUUGAUUUCAGAGGAUGAACCUUCAGCUGUAAACGGGAAUAAAGAUUCACUUGGAUUUGAUGGAAUGGCUGAUAAUGAGGUCGAAAGGAGACUAAAGGAAGCACUGUUGGCUUCAACAAGUGUUCCUUCUCAAAUGACAAAUUUGGAUCCAAGACUUGCACCAGCUCUCCAGUACUCUGUCCCACCUGUUAUUUCACAGCCAACCAUACAAGGGCCAGUGGUGCCUUUUCCUGCUCAGCAUCUCCCUCAAGGGACUUCUGUACUUAAAUCAUCGGUGACUCCAAUAAGUCCUCAGGACACAAGCUUGCAAAGUUCUCCUGCUAGGGAAGAGGGUGAGGUACCAGAAUCUGAAUUAGAUCCUGAUACAAGGAGGAGAUUACUUAUAUUGCAACACGGUCAAGACACGAGAGAUCAAGUAUCAAGUGAACCAAAGUUCCCUAUGGGGACUCCAUUACAAGUGUCUGUGCCACCUCGGGUGCAGCCACAUGGUUGGUUUCCAGCUGAGGAAGAGAUGAGCCCUAGGCAACUUAAUCGAGCCUUGCCUCCCAAGGAAUUUCCUUUAAAUGCAGAGUCUAUGCAUAUUAACAAACAUCGGCCUCCUCAUCCACCUUUUCUUCCCAAAAUGGAGAUCUCUAUGCCAUCUGAUAGAGGUCUUUUUGAGAGCCAGAGGUUGCCAAAAGAGGUAUUCCCUCGGGAUGACAGGAUGAGAUUUUCCCAGUCACAACCUAGCUUUCGUCCAGCGCCAGUUGAGGAAGUCUCCUUGGGUCGGUCGUCUUCCAGCAACAGGGAUCUGGACCUUGAACCUGGACAUGAUCCAUAUUUGGAAACACCUGCUGGAGCUUUACAAGAUAUCGCAUUCAAGUGUGGAACGAAGGUCGAAUUCAAAUCAGCUUUGUUUUCAAGUCCAGAACUGCAGUUCUCCUUGGAGGUGUCAUUUGCAGGAGAAAAAAUUGGAGAAGGAAUUGGCCGGACGAGAAGGGAAGCCCAACAACGGGCUGCUGAGGAAUCUCUUAUGAAUCUGGCAGACAAAUACUUGUCACGUCUCAAACCUGAUUCCAGUUCCACAUUUGGUGAUGGAUUUAGGUUUCCAAAUGCAAGUGAUAACGGGUUUGUUGACAACAUGAGUCCUUUUGGGUAUCAAACAUAUCCGAAGGAGGAUCGUGUCUCACAUUCUUUUGCAUCAGAACCUCCCAGAGUGUUGGACCCAAGGUUUGAGUUUUUUAAGAAGUCGGUGGGUUCAGUUGGCGCCCUAAGAGAACUAUGCGCGAUUGAAGGACUUGGUUUGGCAUUCCAAACUCAGCCUCAACCAGCUAAUCCGGGCCAGAAAAGUGAAAUAUACGCCCAGGUUGUGGAAAUUGAUGGACGCGUAUUUGGCAAAGGAAUUGGUUCAACAUGGGAUGAUGCUAAAACACAGGCUGCUGAAAGGGCUCUUGUUGCUUUGAAGUCUGAGCUGGGCCAGUUUCCUCACAAGCGUCAGGGUUCUCCGAGAUCAUUGCAGCAGGGAUUUUCCAAUAAAAGGUUGAAACCUGAGUAUUCUCGGAGUAUGCAGCGAGUAUCAUCUUCUGCUAGAUUUCCGAAGAACCCAUCUAUGCCAUGACUGUAUAUAGAAGAUUCUUGACCUCUGCUUGUAAAUCAACCCCAUAAAAAAUGUAACAUGCGUGGGAGCAUAUGCCGCUGUGAUUUGGGAAGCCAAUUGGGAGCUUUACUACUAACCCCGCUGCCCUUGUUGUUUCAGCUCAAUUAUAUCCAGUAUGCACUCCCACAAUAAGCAAGUCUCUGGAUUUUAAGAGCAAAAUUGAAUUACCUUUCGGUUGCGUAAGGUGCAUCCUUUACCCUGUGUAGGCAGUUCAAAUGUGUGAACUGUGAAUUUCUUGCUAUUUUCCGCGUGGUUUUGGAGCCUAGAGACUCAAAAGCCACUCGGAGCUUGGAAUGAGUUUAACAUAUUCAAGAUGGGUGCGCACCAUAAGCCGCUUACUUGGGGAGUUCUUGCAUGCAUAGCAUUCACUUUUCAUAGUUCAUUUUGAUAGGCAAAGAUAGUGGUGGAAUGUGUGAAGUUGGCUUGGCCAUGUCAAAUGUAUUUUCUAGGGGAUACUUCAAUUUUGACGAUUUCAUAGUUAAUUUUGGAUUUGGUUAAACUGUUUGUUUUGGUGUUUUCCCUUACCUUGUUUAGAUACCCAAGAGGUUAGUGGAAAAUUUUGAGAAGCUGUAAUUAGCUUAUUGUAGCCUAUAUUUGCAUUGGAUUUUGUACCCCUUAGGUACAUUUUACUGUCCAAUGUAACCUUCGACAGUGGAUGAAUACAACUUCUAAUUUCUUGCA